AUGUAUCAUCUUCCCAUCAUCAGAACAGUAAAUCCAAAACAUCCACUUCCUCAGAAUCAACAACAACAACCCAUGAUGAAAAGUUAUGAAUUUGUAUCGUUCGAUCAAUACUCUCUUUCAGGAUCACAACAAUCUCGAGGAGCACCUAUGAACCAAGAGAUCAAAUUCGUGAACUGUUCUUGCUAUACUGUACCUGAAAACAGUUCCAACAACUGUCCUACAUCCAUGAUGACCAUGAUGAACGCAACAUUUCAGAGUUCAACAAUGACUCGAGAACACUCUUUGACUGCAGUUCCCUAUCAAUCCUCUUCUUCUUCUCCUAAUCCCAAUAACAAGUACUCCAUGCCUCCUUCCCGAAUCUCCAAGAAGAAACAACAACACUUGAAAAAGAAGAUGAGCCUUUCAAACCCUACUCAGAGCCCAACGAUGGCCAUCCUAAAUUCAACAACAAGCUCAUCAUCCGCUACUACUACUACUACGAUUCAUUCCAUCUCUCCAAAUUCAAUGACUGGCACCUCCAGCAACAGUACCUCCACAACGACUCAAAACAUGCUCUUUGACUUUAAACUUCAAAACUGUGGUUUUGAUUUUGUCGUGUUUAAUAACACUUCUCCAACGACCUUUAAGAGAAGUUACAAUCGAAAGAAUGGACAACUCACCAAGAGGCAGAAGGAGUUAUUGGAACUGCAACAACAGAAAGGAAAGGCUUCUUCUUCUUUAUUGAAUUCUACUGCAAUCAAUACAAGUGCAACGAAUACUACAAGUAGCCUUUCAUCCUCUUCGAAUGAUGAAAAGCCAAAGAUAAUGAAUGAUGAUGAUUCCUUGAAAACAGUCAGACCAACAAUGAAUCUGACCCAACCAUCCUCCUCGAGUAGCCCAAUGAUCAUGUUGGGCGCAGUAUCUCCACAACCUGAUCAAUUAUCAGCUCAUCCUCCAAGUUCUUCCCAUACGACUCCUCAACAGACGAAAAGCAAUCAAACAACGCUCAUUCCAUUACGAAGAACUUCCAUUUCCAUUGCCGAAUUAUUAAAUUGA